AUGGGCAACAUACUUGCAAGGCUAAUAAUUACUAAAGUGGACUAUGUUUUUGAAGACAGUGAUGAUGCCAUCAAAAAGCAAAGAAGUCUUGCAGGGGACUUUAUGCCAGGAAAGCACGAUGCUGAACUUUGCACUGGAGGUAAAGCUGACCUACACAAACACUACAAGCGCUGUAAGAAGAAUCCAGGUCAUGUCAACUUUAUACCUGUUAAUGAUUUUAACUUGGAUCAUCUCCCAUCACGAUACCGUGAUGUCAUCAUGUUGGAGGCAAUCAAAGCUUACUCUGCCCUAACGGUUAUGAUAAAGGUUAGGUUCACCAGUCUAGAGAGACCAAAGUCUGCUAAAUGCUUUGAGGGUAAUUAUCCGUUUUAUAAAAACAAAGGAAAAGAAUAUUUGAGGACAGGAACGGGAUUAAUAUACGAUGUGGCCAAGUUCACAGAAAGUGAUUGCAUGGGUCCGUGUCCAUGUGGCACGUGUCGACAGACAGGCAGACAAAGGAAAGUGUGGGGGGAGAUUCGUGUGUUGACAGCCACACACGUGGUGUUUGAUAACAGUGAGGUGAGACGGACAGUGUGUGUUGUAGGUUUUGAUGAUGAUCAAAGUCCUGGGGUCAGUCUUGACGGCUGGAAUGUGGGACAGGCAAACGUUAAGGGAGACUGGUGUAAGUUUUCAUGUGUGUCAUGUGACUUAGAGUUUGUUGAUAAACUGGGUAAGAUGUGUCGGCAGUUUGAGGAUCUUCGUGAAAAAGUAAGGGACAAGUUACAGAGAAGUGAUGAUCUUGAACAGUUGACCGUUAUAGUGUCACAUCCUCAUGGCUGUCCUAAACAGGUCUCUGUAGGACAAUGUACAGACCAGGGAAGAAAUGCUUGCCACAUGUCUACUAAAUACAUGUACACAAAUUGUACAUGUCCAGGCUCCAGUGGAGCUGCUGUUUACAUUCCUGGAUUCGACUGGAGGUAUAACCCCCACAGUGGAUCAAGCGAUGAAGGAAAUUACAGUGGGGAGUUUUGUUAAUCUCGCUGUAACGAUGUUUUUCUGUCAAUUGUCUACACAAUGGAAACAAACAAAUUAGCCAGUCAUUUCAUAAUUCAAAAUGUUUGUUUCAAGUUGUGUAUGUUAUUAUCUAUUUAUAGUUAUCAAACAUUUGAUUAAAGUCUUCAGUUAUUGUUAAUUUACAAAUAAAAAUAUUUUAUCUAUUGGACUUAAAAUUUGGCAAAACCACAUAUAAUUGUCUUAAUGUCAGUGCAUUUAGUAAGGCCUCAUUAUUGGGCUGUUGUAUUUGAUUGUUAACCCAAUGUUAUGUUUAUUACAAUAAAUUUUACG